AUUCAGUGGAGAUACAGUUAUUCAGAAAUCACUGACAAUAAAAGGGAAUCAAUACUGUAUUUUCAAUCAAAAUUUUUCUCUGCGGGUGCAGAAAGCUCAUAUAAAACCUCAUUGUCCCCCCUGGAUGUCACGUGCUGCUUUUCAGGUUUACAUCUCCUGUGGUAAGGGCUGGUGGCAAAAUAAAGGUACGGUGGCUGAUAUAGUUAACUGCCUAUACCUUUAAUUACUUUAUCUGUCCUGCUUCCAUGGCAGCUAUGUAGAAAGCACCUCAUUCUUCAGUUCAAUUCAGUUUCUGUUGUCCCUCAUGUUCUGGGAGAAAGAUGAGGUACGUAAAUACUUAAAGCCAAAGAGGUACUUGGUUUCCCUUGAGAGAGCAGUUUUGCAAACUAUUGCCAGGUAAUUCUGAAGUCAAGCUCUUCCUAAGCUUUUGUUCCAUUUUUCCCCUUUAUGCUGAUAGAAGAAUCAGACCCAUCCUCUGGGAUGUAGCAACAGCUCAGGGCUGCAUUGUUGUGGAGUUACCCUUUAGCAGAGCCACCGAUAUUGCUCUUUAGGAGAGCUUUUAAGAUGAAGCAGGAUGCAAGAUUUACUUCAGGGCAGUGAGGAUGUAUCAGUUCUGUGUAGAUGUAUUCUAGGAACAGUGUGAGUUGUGGGCUGCUGACAGAAGCAUAUUUUUUUAAGCAUCCUCCAGAAAACUUGCUACCAGAUGGUAGGUGUAAACCUGUACAUUCACUCACUUUCAGCUCAUCGUUGAGUUUUCUUUGAGGUCUUUAAUCUGAAGUGUUUCCCUUUCAAAAUAUUUCUGGUGUUACUUUCCCUGAGCUGUUACUUUGUAUCUUCCUGUUGAUGGUCUCCUUCAUUAGAGGUACCAGGGACAGGCAGAAUGCAGGGUUGACCUUGGUGAUCUGAAGGCUCCUUCCUAACUAAAUGAUUCUGUGAUUCUUGGCAUUUAUUAGAGCAAGUCCAGUGAUAAUGAAAGCUUUUCCUUUUUAAAAAGGCAGUUAAUUAGGAACGUUGUACUUAAAGCAGUAUUUAUUCAGUAUUAGACUAUGUGGUUAUGUACUGUGGGCUCUGGGAUGAGCUGGCUGCUAAGUAAGCUGUGGUCCAAGCAACUUCUUGAGUUCUGACCAUCUGAAUAUGUAAUACCUGCACAAGUAAUUGCAUUAAUUUUGAGGCAACUGAAUUAUCCCAUCCUGAAUUAGGGAUUUGGCUGUGCAGAAGGGUGUUUCACUGCCCAUAAUCUGCUAUGGCAAGGUUGUUUUAAAAUCUUUUCUUACAGUAAUAACCACAGAAAUAAAUUCAGUAUGUAUUAGGCUGUCAAUGCCUGUUUGCUUUAUCUGAGAGAUCUGCUUGUUUCUUUUGCGCAAGCCUUUUCCCUUCACUUCUUCUGCUGAUCUAAUUGCUGGUUUUGAUUUGCAGUGGUGAUAGGCUUCCACUCAAAAAGGCCUUGCUAAUUAUCAGGUGAUACAUAAGUAGAAAUGGAAAUGUGGACACAGAAGAGAACAAAAGCAAAAGUGGUACCUGAAAAACGCAUCAAUCUAAUGAGGUCAAAAGUGCAGUGGGCUUUGAGAUGAGAUUCAAACAAGAGUUGUCCUUUAAAGGCAAGCAGGGCUGAGGAAAGCAGUGGGAGUUUCCUAAGCAACAUUACUGAGACUUGGCCACAAGGAUAAGGGAGGGCAGCUUGCAGAAUGGGUGGGCAGAGACAGGUGAGCUAUCCCAUCAUAGUAUCUUGAAAGACAUGCUUCAUAUAAGGCUGUGGGGGAACCUCAAGACAUUUCAACUAGAACUGGGGCUGAAUAAACUUCAUGCUAAGUAUUUGUGGAGUCUGUAAUUGAGUUAAAUUUGAACAGGGACUGGAGCUGAAACUGAGCUCUGAGAAGGAGACUACCAGAAAAUCCCGAUUUAAUUUUGGAAGCAGCUUUUGGGAUUUAGCAGACUACAGAACACGACCACUUCGAAUUACAGAAGGAAAAGAGUGGCGUGGCUGUUCUGAGGAAGGGCAAUAUCAGUUUUGGUGUUCUUGAUGCUCGGGAUUGUGGUACCUGUGCAUGGUUGUUACAGGGAGCUGAGUAAGCAAGCUGGAAAAUUGAGAAGUGAAGUCUUUAUUAAAAGAGCCUGCAGCACACAGAUAAAGCAGGCUGCUGAGACACCCGGCAUGAGGAAGGUAAAGCUUAAGGUGCUGCCCUUCUAUGGACAGAGCUGCUGUAUGUGAAGUGAAACUGUUUUAAAAGCCCAUCAGAAAGGACCAGAAGUACUUGACAGGCGGCAGUGGGCAGUGUUGUGCACCGGAGAGGAGGUGGAAGAGUUCUUCCUUUAAGCAGCUCCUGCGGCUGCAUCCAGCUAUGAAAUGCUGCUGUGAAUGCCUGCAGUGCUCAGGUUUCAUGUGCGUCUGUGGCCGAGCAUGGCACCGGAUGUUGCUUCAACAUUUGUAAGCAAAACCUCAGCCCUUGCAGCCACGGAGCUCAGAUUUGAGAGAGGCUUGGUUUCUCAUAUUUUAAAAAUAGCACAAGCCUGUUUCACCCUCACCCUCUUCCAGGCCAAUGCAGGGAGCUGCUGGCUCUUUUUGGUAGUGACCACAGCACAGUCGAAUGCUUUCCUCCCUCCCUUCCUCUGCUGCAUUUCAGGGUAUAGAACAGAGAUGGCAGAGCGAGCAGGUAAAAAGCCAAGUGUUAUCAGAUUUUAUCAGAAUUCUGCACAUGCCGGGAGCCUCUUCUUUCAACAGUUUUUUAUUGCAUUGCCUCUUACAUAGGUGAAAACAAACAGAAAAGUGGUAUUUGAGGUUUAUGGGAACUAAAUGCUCUGCAAAGUUUAUUUCUAAGGCAUCGCUGAGAAAAAAAAGUCAAGGCUGUUAAAGUUUUUAAAAGCUGGAGAUUUGGAGUCAAACUUGUACUUGAUGCCCAUUUCCAAGUGCACCUGUUGUCAGCACUAGUUUUGUAGAAUCAUAGAGUGACUUAGGUUGGAAGGGACCUCAAAGCUCACCCAUCCCAACCCUGUGCCGCGGGCAGGGCUGCCAGCCAGCAGCUCAGGCUGCCCAGGGCCCCAUCCAGCCUGGCCUUGAGUGCCUUCAGGGAUCAGCACCCACCGCUUCUCUGGGCAGCUGUGCCCAUAUGAGAAGAGCAAAGCAUUUCAUGGACUUUGAUUGAAACGUGAUUGGUACCUCCUGGGACAGAGCUUUCCAGGGAAGCAAGUGGGGCUCCUUUGGCAUUCCUCUAUCUCUCAGCAUGCUGAACCUUGAACCAGUCAAAAGCUCAAGGUGAAGACUUUUUGUUGGCCAUCAUUGUAGGGGAGUAAAGAAGGGUGCUUAGAGGAGCAAAGUGAAACAAAAGCAGGGAAAGCAGAGGGAGAAAGUAUGAUUCAUGAGACACCUGGGUGUGACUGGUGUCACAGGGAGGGCGAGGACAUGGUGCUGGGCCUGAGGUCUGGCUUGGGAAAGGUUUAUCAGCCUGAGGAAAAGCUGUUUGAGCAGAGUGUGAUGGAAAGUGAAGGAGGUACUUUGUAUAAGAAGUGUAGGUAUAGUGUCCAGUGGACUGGGAUUGAGUUUCAAGGUCUGUUCAGAGGCACAGAUGCCUCAUCGUGUUCUGGUCAACCUGUUGCAAGAGCCACAUGAAGUUCCUGUCAGUACGUGUGGUGUGUGACCCAAAUGGUUCUGUACAUGACCUCUGCCUUUGGCUGAAUUUCUGAGGAAGUUUCAGGAAGCAGUUUUAAAUACUUUUAAUGUCAGAAGCACUGACAAUUUGCCCUGGGCUUUAUAUUUUGCAGACUUAACUGAGUUCAGACUCACAGCUGAAAUGUAGUUGGGAUUUGGAAUUGAAGAAUAACAUCAGAAGCACCUUGUACUGCUGUAUGAAUAGUCCUAGGUGGCCUUAGUAAUUCCUACUGGAAAAAACAAUGAAUGAAACCCCACUUUUUGUUAUUUGCAAGAUAAGGGGAAUGACUGCUUUUAAGGGCUUCGUUUGUGAUUGCCCUCUUGCAGUUUAGUCUGAUUGCCCGGGAUUUUGCCUUUUCAGCCAUAAAGAUGCUUGGCCCUGAUACCUGAUCUGGGGAUGGGCUAUAGGUUUUAAUUAAAAGAACACACAAAAACACAACCUCCUCCCCCCCAAAAUAAAAACAAAACUCUUAUUAGGAAAUGCUAACCUUUGUUUUAAUGGAAUACAUGAAGCUACCUCUCUUUAGAUGGAUGGUGAUAGCUCCACGACGGACGCUUCUCAGUUAGGAAUUGCUGGAGAUUACAUUGGUGGCAGUCACUAUGUGAUACAGCCUCAUGAUGACACAGAGGACAGCAUGAAUGAUCAUGAAGAUACAAAUGGUUCCAAAGAGAGUUUUAGAGAACAAGAUAUCUAUCUUCCAAUUGCAAAUGUGGCAAGGAUAAUGAAAAACGCCAUACCCCAAACAGGAAAGAUUGCUAAGGAUGCGAAAGAAUGUGUGCAAGAAUGUGUAAGUGAAUUCAUCAGCUUUAUAACAUCAGAAGCAAGUGAAAGGUGUCACCAAGAGAAAAGAAAGACCAUCAAUGGGGAGGAUAUUCUCUUUGCCAUGUCUACCUUGGGAUUUGAUAGCUAUGUCGAGCCUCUGAAGUUAUACCUCCAAAAAUUCAGAGAGGCAAUGAAAGGAGAAAAGGGAAUUGGGGGAACAGUUACAACUGGAGAUGGUUUAAGUGAGGAGCUCACAGAAGAAGCAUUUACCAAUCAGUUGCCAGCGGGCUUAAUAACUACAGAUGGCCAGCAGCAGAAUGUCAUGGUCUAUACAACAUCGUAUCAGCAGAUCUCCGGUGUUCAGCAAAUUCAGUUCUCAUGAUUUGAAGAAAACUUUGGAUCUGGGAAUGUGAGAUGCAGAAGCUGUGCAACUCUAACGAAAAGACAGUUUUAAUGACUGGUGAAGAGAUUUCUCUCUUUGUAUAUUAAAUAGCUGUAAUGUAGCUACCUGAAGCUUGACUAACUGAGGUAUGAAUUCUGACUCAAAUCUUUUUCAUGAAUAAUUUUAAAGAAACAAAUUGGAUUUUAAAGGUAUUAAAGUAUUUUUGUUUUGUACAAGAGUUUGUUGCUCUGUAUAACUCCUGUAUGCAUUGUAUAUUGCAAUUUAUUACUGUCAGAGAUUUGUAGACAGUUUCUUAUUUUCAUAUUGAAUCAUGUUACUUUUGUAAUUCAGGUAAACAGCUGGGUUAAUUCAUGUUUACCCUUUGAAUAAAAUUGUAAGGGUAAAGUUCA